AUCGCGCAGUAUCGCGACGCCCUCGCUUUGGUUCGCUCGCCACCAUGUCGAAGGUCUAUAGAGAAAAACUCAUCGACGAAGUGAAAAAAUACCCGGUUCUUUAUGAUACUAGACAUGAGAACCAUAGAGAUAUUGAUGUGAGAGAUCGCUGUUGGGCAGAGAUAUCGGAACGGUUGGGAGAGAACAGUGAAAUUCUGAAGCGAGAAUGGAAAAUCCUCCGCGACUCCCUACGACAGUCCCUCAAGAAAUGUAAACAAGGAGUCACUACUAAAGCGGGCACGCCGUGUAAGAAGUGGCGGUUUCAGAACAGAAUGUCCUUCGUGCUACCAUACAUGACCAUACGAAGAACGCAAAGGCGAAUAAGAGACGUAAAGAUAGACGAAACAGACAAAGACAUGCAAUCGGAAGGAGAGUCAGAAACCUGGGACACUGGCAAUGGAGACCAGGAUUCCUUGGAACUGUUCUUUGCCAGCGUCUGCCAGAGCACAAAGAGACUGCCUAAAACUUAUCAAAACCAGGUAAAACGACAAGUCCUCGACGUAUUGCUCAGGAUAGAAGAAGAAGCCGAAGAAGUUCACGACACCAAGACUGCUGUCAACAGGAACUUUUAACUGGUCACCUUGGUUCUGACUCUGACCCACACCCUACGCGGCUAUAACACUUAUCAGGAUUGGGGUCACCUAUACUAGAUAUCACCAAGUGGUUACCAGUGGUAACUACUAAGAAAAAAAUGCCAUUAUUUACCACUAGCCUUUGCCCGCGACUUUGUCUGCGUGGCAUUAAUAAUUUUGGUACCUUAAUUUUUAAGCAAAUCUGUACGUCGCUGACGUUACUUUGCUACCUGGGUACUGUUCCAGUCGGUGCAGUUAUAGCUUAGAGCAACCACUUUCAGUGUUCUCCGCGGACCCCUAGGGCUCCGCCAAGCCUCUGUUGGGGCUCCGCGAGAAUACUUAUAAAGUUUUUUUUAUUUGGGGCUCCGUCAAAUAUUUCGCUUUCCAAAAGGGUUCCGUCACCAAAAAAGUUUAAGGGCUGGCUUAGAGGGGCUCUAGCUAGCUGCGUAGCGUAUGCGCACUUCGGUUGUAUUAGUGUUCAGAAUUAUAUGACUGUAAGUGUCGUUUACGUUGCGUGCCGGUAUCGUGCGUAUGGUGCCCUACCACAGAAUAAGUAAUAGUAUUAUCAUACAGAACGGCCACGCACCGCCCCGCCCUGACUCGAAUUACCUCGCCCCGCGACAGCAGAUUGACGGCCGUUUGCCGGCCGCUCAGUACUGUUUUUAAGCAACUUACUCACACAAUGACACAUGACGCGUGUACAGACGUGCCGUUCACACAUAGAAACACAAGUGAUUUUUGAUGUAUAGCGUGUCCGCCCUGUGGCCCUACACAA